AUGGAGGAAGAGGACAGAUCGUUCAAGCUCUGUGUCCCAGGCAUUGUCACCCUCCAGUCUCCGCUGCAUAAGACUUUUGGGUCCACAGAUGCAGUGGGUUGCAUGGAGUCAGAACUGAAGAAGCUUCUGGCAGUACAAGGAGAGUCGUGCUUCUGGAGGACGGGCAGCCGAGAGGGCCGAGAGCUGCUGACCCAGCCAGAGAUCACCCUGGAUGGGGCGAGCGUUGUGGACGGCCAGGUGUGCCUGCCCCAGGGCCUGCAGGAAGUGGGGCCCUGGCCCCUGGCUCCAGCCCCACUGCCUGGGUGGGGAAGGCACAGUCCCCUCCUGGUCGUCACAUCUGUGAGUUCAGGCCCCUGGCCACCUGUGUGUGUGCACACGCACUCUUCACCCUUCACCAUCAGUUUCUGUUUCUCACUUGACUCAGAGUCACAAUGUCCAUUUUUAAGUCUUAACUCUGCCAUUCACUUGCUGUGUGGCUUUGGGGACACCAAGCUGAGGGGGAAGGAAGCUGCCCCCCAGCAUUUGGGGAAUGCUGGAGACCUGGCGGAGGGGAGGAGCGUCCCCGACUUCCCUCCCUCCCCAAGUUCCCAGGCCCUGCUGCAGCCUCCCGAGGAGGAUCCGGGAAUUCUCCAGCAGGAAGUUCCUGCCCAGCCAGCCCAGGGAUAA